UUUUACUUGUGAUAAAUAAACGAAGCUGACGUCUUCCAUUCCUAUUCUCAAGACAACCAGAAGAAAUAUUCAUAAGCUCUGGUGUCACUGGCAACUCCGAUUUUGAUUUACCAAGAUGACCCCAGUUUGCCCAUUUGUGAAAGCUUCAAGACCUGAUGAUGGGUCACCAAGAAAACCAGGGGAAUGUCCGAUUAAACACGGGGCUGAGCAUGAAGGAGGAGGAAAGGCUAAGAAAGAGUCUAGUGGUGAAUCUGCUACCGUUUCGCCGAAAUGCCCUUUUGGAUAUGAUUCUCAGACAUUUAAAUUGGGACCUCUUAGUUGUAUGAUAUGCCAAGCUCUUCUCUUUGAUUGUAGCAAAUGCGUGCCGUGCUCUCAUGUGUAUUGCAAAGUUUGUAUUUCGCGAUUUAAGGACUGUCCGCUGUGCGGAGCUGAUGUUGAGAAGAUUGAAGCUGACACGGAUCUACAGAGUGUAGUUGAUCGGUUCAUUGAUGGUCAUGCUAGAAUCAAGAGGUCUCAUGUUGACAUGGAUAAAGAGGGGGAAGUAGGUGAGAAUAAAAAAGUGAUAUACGAGGAUGUUUCUUUGGAGAGGGGUGCUUUCUUGGUGCAACAAGCCAUGAGGGCAUUUCGAGCACAGAAUGUGGAAAGUGCAAAAUCAAGACUUAGUCUUUGUGCAGAAGACAUCCGAGGUCGGAUAGAAACAGUGGGCAACACAACGGAAUUGUGUUCGCAGCUUGGAGCAGUGCUGGGAAUGCUUGGGGACUGCUGUCGAGCAGUGGGGGAUGCUGGCUCUGCGGUUACAUACUUCGAAGAGAGUGUAGAAUUCCUAUCAAAAUUGUCUGCAGCUGAUCUGGAGAUAACGCAUACGCAUUCUGUUUCACUUAAUAAAAUUGGAGAUCUCAAAUAUUAUGAUGGAGAUCUGGAGGCUGCAAGAUCUUACUAUAUGCGUUCUCUCAAUGUGCGAUGUGAUGCCAUCAAACAUCAUCCUAGUGUUUCAUCCCAGAGCCUGGAUGUAGCUGUUUCCCUUGCAAAAGUUGCCGAUGCAGACAGGAGUAUUGGUAACGAGGACACUGCACGUGAUAGAUUUCAUGAGGCCAUAAAAUUAUUGGAAUCCUUGACAUUAAAACCAGAAGAAGCUGGUCUUGAGCAACGGCGCCUUUCCGUGCUGGAAUUUCUUAAGAAUCAACUUGCGGAGAAACAGUCUGAUUGAACUUCCUUGAGUCUGAUAUCCUGCAGAAGCGAAUCAAUCAAAACAAAGAUAAAUCUUUUUUUUUUUUCCUGUAUAUAUGCAAAGUUAAUUUCAUUUGUAAUAAGCACAUUCCAUAGAUUCAAAGGCUUUCCGAGAGGCGACAUUACCUGGUCCCUUGGAGCAUGGGAGGUGAGCUUAUCCCACUUCAUCUCUUUUCCACAUGUACCUACUUGGAUUUAGCAUCACUCAAGUAGUGCCUGUAAGUGUCACUGUUACCUGCAUGUGGUCUUCAUGCGAAUUCAUGCACGCUUUGCCUUAUGGUCUUGGAUCAGGUGAUCACUGCUUCUGAUGGUUGUUCCA